AUGCACAUUUCUUGCACGAUUCUGCUUUUGAGCCUGUUCGUCCACGUUCAUUCAUCUAAUUUGGACCACGACUGGCUUAAGUGGACCCUCCAGCAUGGCAAGAUUUACCCGAACCAGACUGAGGCAGCUUUCAGAAGAGCUGUGUGGGACCGGAAUGUACGAAUGGUACUUGAACACAAUCGGGAAGUCUUGCGGGGGCGACGCAACUUCACACUUGGUCUGAACCACUUGGCAGACAUGACAUCAGAGGAGGUGAAUCAGAAGCUGAACGGUUUGAAGGUGGACGAAGUGGCUUGGGUCACAAAUUACACGAGAAAGGUGACGUUACCUCGCAGUUUGGACUGGAGGACUAAUGGGCUUGUUGGUCCUGUCCAAGACCAAGGAAUUUGCGGGUCUUGUUGGGCGUUUAGCUCUCUGGGAGCCCUGGAGGGCCAAAUGAAGAAGCGAACCGGGAACCUGGUACCCCUCAGCCCGCAAAAUCUCCUUGACUGCAGCAGCGUGGACGGCAACCACGGUUGCCGAGGUGGUUACAUCACCAAAGCCUAUCGAUAUGUCAUACGCAAUCGAGGCGUCGAUUCCGAAAGGUUCUACCCGUACGAGCGCCAGAGUGGAAAAUGUCGCUAUUCGCCGAAAGGGAAGGCGGGCUACUGCUCUAAUUUUCGCGUGCUCCCCGGUGGCGACGAGAGGGCGCUGAAGGCCACCUUGGCUGAUGUCGGACCCCUCGCCGUGGCCGUCAACGCUAUGCUUCCGUCUUUCCAUCUCUACAGAGGAGGCAUCUAUGACGACCCCGACUGUGAAGCCAAGUUUAUCAAUCACGCUGUUUUGCUGGUGGGCUACGGUUCCGAUAGAGGACGAGAAUUCUGGCUGCUCAAGAACAGUUGGGGGUCCGCCUGGGGAGAAGACGGCUUCAUUCGGAUCAGCCGGAACCGGAAUAACGUGUGUGGCGUCGCCAACUUUGCAGUCUAUCCUCAACUAUAA